UCAGGUUGUGGCUAUGCCAUGUCAUGUUGUCGUACGUGAGCUCAACACCGACCUGAUUCACGACAGCGACAUGAUCCACGGUCUCUCGAGGAAAUUCUGUACGGAAAUGGAUGGUAAUCUGAGCUAGGCUCUGCUAGGCUAUGCAGACACAGUGCGGAUUAUUCGGCGGACGUCUUCAUAUGCCGCCAUCACGCGGUUUUACCGGACAUCCAAUGGGAGUCCUUUCCUGGGCAACGAAACCGGAGGUCCACUUUCACACGGAACCCGUACAACUUGCAGUUCACAAGCACAGUCAACUUGGCCAGAUCUCGAAGGACAAGGUCUCGUUGAAGAAGUUCGUUGGAGAGAGAUGUCCAAGUUUGUUCAGGGAAUUUACACCUCCUUGGUGGUUGUUCAAGUAUGUGAGCAUACUCCAUGUUUUGUCCAAACCUCACCGAUACUGCUUUACUGCUUUGUUAGUGGACAACUUCAAACUCUGUAUUGUGUUAUCGGCGACUUUACGAAAAUGGACAAAGUAGUAUAUGAUCGGACUUUACUUCGUACAUUCACUGGUGGCACGAUUGGUUUAGAUUUUACUGUCGGGUUUAAUGAUGCGAAAGAAGACACCCCGGUUAUUGUCGUCCUGCAUGGGUUGACUGGAGGCUCGUACGAACAGUACGUAAGAGGCAUCCUCUACCCGGCAUGUUCACCGGUAGAGAAAGGAGGACUGGGUUAUAGAGCAGUUGUAAUGAACUUUCGUGGAUGUGCUGAUGUACCCAUCACAUCACGACAGUUCUAUUCUGCUGGUUUCACCGACGAUAUUAGGACCUCUCUGAUGUACAUUCAGCGAAGGUAUCCCAAAGCCCCACUUUUAGGUCUCGGCUUCUCUCUCGGAGCCAACGUCCUCAUUCGGUAUCUCGCAGAAGAGCAGGAAAAGAGCAAGCUGAUUGCUGGUUGUGCUUUGGGAUGUCCUUGGGAUCUGCGAAAGAAUUGUGAUGCACUGGAUACGUCUAUCAUCGGGAAGCACGUUUACUCGAAAGGGAUGGGCUCCAAUCUAUCCCGCCUUCUCAAGCGACAUGAAGCUGCUGUCGUCUGGUCUGAAGCGAGCGAUGAUUCAAUAUCGACUCUCCCGUCGUCAUCACCUUAUGCCCAUCCCUCUCACCAGCCAGAUCCCACUUUUGAAGCUGCCGUUGCCAAAGCUGCAUCCACCAUUCUCUCUUUACGCUCCCCGACUAUCCGACAAUUCGACGAUACAUUUACGUGUGUUGCAGGUGGGGCUCCUCCGACAAUGCCUCUCGGUUCAGCGAACGAAUACUAUAAUUGGGCAUCGAGUCACACUGUGUUAAAGAAUGUUAGACGGCCUCUUUUGACAGUGAACGCCAGUGACGACCCGGUCGUGCAACAUGUUCCGGAUAUUCAGGGAGAGGGUAACGAAUGGACUGUGGUCGUCGUUACAGGUGGAGGUGGUCAUUUAGGAUGGUUUGAAGCUAACGGAUAUGGAGACAAGCAAUUUAAUAUCAAGGACGAUGGUGAAAAUCCUCAUAUCAUGAGAUGGACGACCACACCGGUGUUGCAGUGGUUGAAGGGGGUCGUUGAGGAUCUCGAUUUAGAUACGGGAUCAUGGACUUACACGGAGGACGAUGACGGAUGGGUACAAGAAAUCGGUGGACGCUAUGAUAUAGCCUACAAGGUUUCAGAAAAUUCAGACCGCGAGGACAUAGUUGUCGGGACGGAGCUGAGGAAGGCAAGGGGCAUGGUGCAAGGAUUUUAGACCAUAGUUUUUUUCUCUCGUUACUUUAAAUAAUACUACUCAUAGAGCGCCGAUUCACACAGCACCUAGAACUAAAGGGUCCAAGAACCCAA